AUGGCAGCACCUCCCCCAGAUCUGAAUGCCAUCCUGGCGGCUCUCGCUGCUGGACGCGGCCCAUCUACUACCCCAUCGCAGACGCCGCAACAGCAAAUUCCACACCAGCCCCCGCCCCCAGGUCUCCCUGCAGGCUUCCCUGGUGCGAUGCCCUCCGCGACGCCGCCCCAGAUCCCUGGCUUCAACUUCCCACAGCCCACCAGCUCCGGCAGCCUCGAUCUUAGCGCAAUCAAACCCGUCAGUUCUGGCUCCGUCAGCAUUCAGGAUGCGCUAGCGAAAGCGCGAGGCUUUGCAGCCCAGAAAGGGCUUGCCUUUGAUGCGCGUCCGGGAAUGGAGAACCAGUGGUCCGGUAUGGGCGGACCUCCGCAGGCUUAUGCCAUGCCAGCUCAUCAGGAGGAUCCGCGACUAAGCGGACGCCCUUACCGACGCUCGCGAUCGCGCUCGAGGUCUCCUCAGCGUCGAGACAACCCCCGUGAUAGCUACAACCCUUACCGAGACGAGCGCCGCGACGAGCGUCGUGGCGCGCCUGCCGGCUAUGGUCGUGAGCGCUCUCGUUCCCCUUCUAGACGUAACACGUUUUCACCACCCCGCCAACAGUAUGGCGGAAAUGACCGUGCCACGCCCCCUAAUGAUAACUCCGAGGUGAUUCUCAUUGAUUCUUCGCUUGUUGGUCUUGUCAUUGGACGCCAAGGUGAGAGUCUGCGUCGCAUUGAACAAGAGUCAGGCACUAGGAUCCAGUUUAUCAACGGCCCUGAGGCCGGACCGCAGCGCCAGUGUCGCAUUACAGGACCCCCAAGUGCUCGUAUCAGUGCAAAGCGCGAGAUCAACCGAAUUAUUGAGGAGAACGGUGGCAACCCUGCUCGUGAGACUGGCCGCAACGCUCGCGCUCCGCAGAAGGCAGCGGCUCAACAGCCAGCUCUUCGUGAAGGUGAACAGUCGUCUCAAAUCAUGGUUCCUGAUCGUACUGUCGGUCUAAUUAUCGGUCGUGGCGGCGAGACCAUCCGUGACUUGCAAGAGCGCAGUGGCUGCCAUGUCAACAUUGUCGGUGAAAACAAGAGCGUGAACGGUCUUCGCCCUGUAAACCUCAUUGGAAGCCCCGCUGCUGCUGCCCAUGCUAAGGAGCUGAUCAUGGAGAUUGUCGAUAGUGACACCAAGCAGAUGGAUGGUCCUAACCACCAACCGCAACACCAGCAGCAGAACAAGCGUGAAUUCGACCCCUACGCUGGUGGAGCUAGUGGCGGCAACAAGAUCAAUGACAGCAUCAUGGUUCCUUCAGAUGCUGUUGGCAUGAUCAUUGGCAAAGGCGGUGAGACUAUUAAACAGAUGCAGUCAGAGACUGGUUGCAAGAUCAACGUCUCACAAGCUUCUGGUGCCGAUAUCGAACGUGAGAUCGGUCUUGUUGGAACCCGUCAAGCCAUUGAUGAUGCUAAACAAGCCAUUUGGGACAAGGUUGAUCAAGUGAAGGAAAAGAACAACACAAGACGUCGUGACCAAGGUGGCCAGGAUAACAAUUACUCACAGCAGCAGCAGCCUCCACAGUCCUAUGGUCAGGCCGCCCCUCAGGGCCAGCCUCCUGCACCUGCGGCAGGUUCCCCAACUGGUGCUGACCCAUACGCCAUUUACGGCGGCUACCAGAACUACUUGGCGAUGUGGUACGCAUCGUUUGCUCAACAGCAGCAGCAAGGGGGUGCACCACCUGGCCCUCCUGGUGCCUAG